AUGACGCCUCGCCCGGCCAGAGAUGCCAAUCCAUCUCCUCCUCUCACUCCGCAGCGCGUGUACCCCAUGAGCCGGGACAGUACGGCAGCCUCAACCUCAGGAGCGUCCUUUGCCCGUCGCCAGCCUCCCAACACGUAUGCCCAGCACCGCAACAACUCGAGCACUUUGGGCCUCACCAACAGAGGAUACCCAGUAACGUCUCAGAUGCUCGCUGCUGGACAGCAAUCAGUCCCUCGAACGAACCAUGUCACCGGCAUGGUCAGCAUGCCCCAUCGCGCGGGAGAAACCAUCUGGUCUACCGUCCCAAACGUGCAAUGGCACAACUAUACCACCAACCCGCCUACGCCAGCCGAUCUCGACAACUUGUCUGCGUUCCAGAAUCUGACGUUGGCCCCUCAGCAGCAAGACACACAUCCUCUGCGGAUGCAGACCUUGACUUCUGCUACGCGCUUGCCCGAACUCAUCAUCAGGACGGACGGCCAUCACGUCUACCUUGACCGAGGAGGUGGUAAAGUAACAAGGCUCGUUGCGGCAGACCGCUUGCCACCUCUACAGGGAGUCAAUGCCGUUGAGGAUCUGCGGCUGGGCAUGGAGAUUGUGUCCAGCGUUCGCGCCUUGGGUUUGAAUGAGCGUAUCAUGGUGCAGGCUUCGCCUCCCUCGUCUCAUCGAGCCGCAGGUUCCGUCAACACAAAGAAGACAAAGAUAUACUGUGACAAGUGGAUCCACGAGGGCAUCUGCGCCUUUGAGCAGCAAGGCUGUCGGUUCAAGCACGAGAUGCCCCAAGACAAGGACACGCUUCAGAGCCUGGGUCUCUACAAUGGUGUGCCGCCCAUCUGGUGGAGAAAACACCAGGCCGAAAAGAACCGCCGUUCUCUGGGGUCAGCUGGCCACAAGCCGUUUGACGAUACCAGCAAGUCCAAUGGCGAACGGGACAACGGGGCACUGGCAAGUAACAAACCUGACGCGAACUGGCGACGCAGUGAAGGGAGCAUGCAGGCCGACUAUAACCCGACCGCUUAA